GCGACGGUAGACAACCAGUAUCACCAUUAACCAUUCGUCACUGACGGAGCAACAGCAGCUAAGAACAGUGAGAACGCGUCGUCGUCGUCAGAGCGUUCGUCCGCCGACGGUCGCGACUGCCUCUGUCUCCCGCGACAAUCAUUCAUUGCACACUGGUGUUUUUGUGCGUGUGUAGCCAUCGACAAAGACAAAAUGGUUUCCGAUGCCACCAGAGAAUAUUGUGCCGUGUCGCGACGCUGAUUGUCGGCCGGAUAUGCAUUGUCAGUUUGGAUUUGGCGGCGUCGGAUCCAUGGGUGACAACGUUAGGAAGAAGAAGGCCACCAGCGACACGUUGCCCAAACCCGGAAAGGUCAACUCUGUGUGUAAAGAAUGGUUGGUCCACGAGGAUGGUGCAUUGGCGUAUCAUUUACAAAAGUUGGAAGUCGACGAGCAUUACAGUGGCAAUCGUUCACGAAAUGCCAUCGUUCGACAAGACUUGCCUACAGCCAAGGAGGAACAGGAACGGGAGAUACGUGAAGCUGAAGAACGAUAUGGUGCAUUCAUUAAAGAACAGGAAGAAAGAGAUCUCAAAGUUGCUAUGGAAUUAGCUGAAAAAUUAACAAAAAAUAAGUAUACACAUGACAUUGGGAUUAAGACAAAUUCAGCUGGAGGUAGACCUGGGAUAUUAAAAAAACACUCUCAGCCAGAAUCCACUAAAAGUUUUACAGUUGAGUCCAAUGAAUACACUGAGUUUGAUAUUGAUGACAUUUUGCAUGACAUUGACUAUGAAGAAGAGGUCAACCGUCAAAUUCAAGAACAAAAAGAUGCUGAAUUGGCCAAGCGACUACAAGAACAAGAAGGACGGCCCAUGUCAAUUGAAGAUAGAGACAGAUUAAUUGCUAUUGAAACACAAGACUGUGAAUUGGCUAAGCUUUUACAAGAAAAAGAAAAAGCGCGACUGAGGAGAGCUCGUGAAAAAGCUAAACAAAAAGCAUUACUUAAAAAGCAACAACAGAUGGAAGAAUCAUCUGAAGUUGUAUCAAGUACUACUCAAGAACCUCUUUCUAAUAUUGCUAUCGCUAUUGAUCCAACUUAUAGUUCAAGAAGAACAGAACUACAAGAUAUUUCUUGUGCUACUACUACUGCUCUAUCUUCAUCAUUGGACGAUGUUCCUCCAUACAUGCCAAUUCAAGGACAACGGCGUAGCAAUCAUACAGAUAAGAAAAAAAAGUCAAAGACUGAUGGUGUUGCAUCAUUUUUUAAAGUAUUUAAGUAACUUUUUACGAAAGAAAUAUAAAAUGUGAUAUUUCUAUAUUUUAGAUUCUCAGCGUAGCAAAGAAUGUAUUAAUUAUAGUAAAUUCUUUUUUAGUUAAUUGUAUCUUAAAAAUUAUUAUUAAUCAAAACCUGGUAUUCCACCAAUUUAUAAAAUUGUGUUCAUUGCCCAACUGAACAUUUUUUAAUCAUUUGUGUAAACUGAAAUUAUGAGUAUUUUUAGUUUAUUUUUAUAUUUUACCAAUUGUCAAUUAUAUUUUUAUCAUCUUAUAGUUCAUUUUAUACAGAAAUGUAUAUUUUUUUUAUUAAAAAUGUUCUUAUUGUAAUUGUGGAACUAAUUAUAUUAAUCUAUUGAUAAUUGUGGUCAUGACAUAUGAAAAGAAAAUUGUAUGUACAGCGUUUUAUUAUUUUUAUUGUUAUACUAAUAAAAUAAACAAUUUUUGUAUUAUUAUAUAACAAUGUAUUGCAUAACUAGUAGAAUAUAUAAAAUAACCCCUAAUCUAA